AACGGCGAACGGAAAAGGGCAUUGGGACACGUGACGUACUCAGAUGACAUCGAUUCGCGACACCAAUUUGUUAUUCUUGGGCGAAAAAAUAGCGAAAACGGAGGAAAACUCUGAUUUUUGAAGUUUUUGUCAAUAAUGACUGUGGGCGAGACUUGCAACUACCUCCUUUUUACGAAUCCCGUAUCGUCUGGCGUCUGGAAUAUCCUUGGAUCUGUGUCAAAGAAUUUGAAGCCAAAAGGCAAUUCUCAUACUGUAAUUGCCUCUCCGGCAACGGCAAAACUCGCUGAAAUGACGCCUUUGUGGAAAUUGGCCGGUAAUAACUUCAAUUUUGUGCGGAUUGCAGCGUUAUCGGGAGCAUCAGCGGUCUUUUUGGGAGCAUGGGGUGCUCAUCACACGUUUAAAAUUGACAAACAAAACCGAGAUUUGAAGCAAGUUUUUGAGACGGCGAAUCGUUAUCAUUUUUUCCAUACGUUGGCGUUGCUCGCAAUGCCCUUGGCUCAUCGCCCCGUGGUUUCGGGAAGCAUGAUGCUCGCUGGCAUGACUUUGUUCUCGGGUACUUUGUAUUAUCGUGCAUUUACGGGAGACGACAAAUUCAAUAGAUUGGCUCCGGCAGGCGGAAUUUUGUUGAUGCUUGCAUGGCUUUCGCUCGUGAUUUAAAGUGUGAAUUAUUGAAUGUUGACCGAAAAUUACUAAAUUAUUGAAAUUGUGGUAGAAGGAGAAAAGAAUAAAAGAAA